AUGCUCACCCCAACGGACGCUACCAAUUUGACAACACCGAUUUACCUAACCGCUCCCGCCUUCGAUGAAGACAAGAUCCUAGUCUACCGUGAACUUUAUUACGAUGGAUUUAGUUCGGUAAUCGCAGCUAGAGAUCUGACUUCCGGUGCCGCAGUGGCUAUCAAAAAAGUUGAGUACGAUUUUUUUCGACCAUCACCGUUCCCACUACGAAUUCUCCAACGCAGAUUUUCGAAGAAGAUUCGUCAACAUGCAGGGAGGAUGCGUGCUCUGUCUCACAACUCUGUGCUUAAGUUAAUUGAAUUUGUGAUCGAACCAAACCGUGUCGUAAUUGUGACGGAGAUGUGUGUGUUUGGGGACCUUUUCAACUGGAUGCUUCAGCAACUUCAGCUACGUGCACGUGACUUAUGCCUGAUUGUGCACUACAUAAUGCAAGCGCUUAGCUAUCUGCACUCCCAUGAGCUGGCACACGGUAACUUGACUCCGUCCCACAUCCUGUUUCACGCUAUGUCACCCCAGUCAUUGACCAUAAUGCCCGACCUAAGCAUUCGCAACGAAUUGGUCUGUCUCACGGGAAAAUGUCCUCCAAUAGUAGAUUGUUGGGCACCGGAACGUUUGCGAAAUUUCAUCGCCUAUCAAACUACACGCAGUGUAAAUGAGUGGCAUCUAACCGAAAGUUCGGAUGACAAAACAUACAAAGAGUUGAUGCAAGCCACCAAAGCACUCGAUGUUUGGAGUGUCGGUUGCAUUGCCCAUAUCGCUUUAACCGGAAAACCCCCGUUUUCGGCGGACUCGGCGCGCAGCAUGCUGGAAGUGAUAGAGCAAGCUGAGGGGAAAUCACACAAUCCGAUGUUAAAAUCCUACAGUCCACUCAUAUAUAACCGUUUAGGAGAAUGUUUGACAGUCGACCCAGAGGAUAGGCCAUUCGCAGAGAACUGUUCCCUUCCCGGGUGGAUCGACGACGAUACGACGCGCAGCGACGACCGCAAUGUUUUGCUUGUCAUCGAGUAUGAUUUAUUGCAUACCUGUCGGCGAUACAGGGCACAGGGGCGUAAAGUGUUCGAGCACGUGUUUGCGCCUGACUCCACCAUCUUGAACCCUUCCAACACGGAUAUGGUUCCGCAACAAGCAAAUUGA